CCCCGGUCACGCGGCGCGCGCUCCCGCUCGGCUCUGAAUGGGGACCCGGUCCAGCCCGUGACAGCAGCUCCCGUGGUGUAGUAUCAGCGCAGACGCCGCGGUCCACGCAUCCACUCCAGUCCGCUGCCUCCACUGCACACCGGUACUCCACGGCGCGGCUCGUCCGGAAUGAGAAAUGAUGGCCAGCUCUGCAGCAGAGGAGAAAACCUUCCGCCGGUUCCUGGAGCUCUUCCUUCGGGAGAUGAGGACGCCGCUGCAGGACAGCGACCCGGUGCCCACGCGCCCUUUGUCGGACCUGGUGACUGAGGACGAGGUGGAGGGGGAAUGUCUCGACCUGUGUCUCCAGCACCUCUACAAAUAUAACUGCCCGUGCUCCCUGGCUGCAGCACUGGCCAGAGCCACAACAGACAGCCUCCUGCAGACCGACCUCUCUGUCCACCACCUCAGUAAGACUGUGGAAGAUGGAGCUGACCCACUGCCACAGAUGGAGUCGGUGAAGCUGGCCCGCCUGGUGUUUAACCGACUCUUCGACAUGUGCUGCCUCUGGCUCAAAGAGCUGCCCUUCCGCCGCCGCCCGAUGCCGUACUACGAGACGUCCAUCCACGCCAUCAAGAACAUGAGGCGCAAGAUGGAGGACAGACACGUCAUCAUUCCCGACUUCAACUCGCUCUUCAAUAUCCAGGUAAGAGCCGCCAACAACAACCAGCAAACACGUCACGAUCACACACUGACAGACAUUUAUUCUGUUCCUCAGGAUCAGGAAGAACAGGCUUUCUUUGCCGUGUUCGAUGGCCACGGUGGCGUGGACGCCGCCAUCUACGCCGCCAAUCACCUGCACGUGAACUUAGUUCACGAGGAAUCGUUCAGCCAGGACCCGAGCGAGGCUCUGUGCAGAGCCUUCAAGGUCACCGACGAGCGCUUUGUGAAGAAGGCAAAGCGAGAGAACCUGCGUUGUGGCACGACAGGCGUGGUGACGUUCCUGCGCGGCCAGAUGCUGCACGUGGCCUGGCUGGGAGACUCUCAGGUCAUGAUGGUCAGGAGAGGACAGGUGGUGGAGCUGAUGAAACCACACAAACCAGACAGAGAGGACGAGAAGCUGAGGAUCGAGGCUCUGGGAGGUUGCGUGAUCUGGUUUGGCACAUGGAGGGUUAACGGCAGUCUGUCUGUGUCCAGAGCGAUAGGAGACUCGGAGCACAAACCCUACAUCUCUGGUGACGCUGACCACUGCGACGUCUCACUGGACGGUACAGAAGACUACCUGAUCCUGGCCUGUGAUGGAUUCUGGGACACGGUGAGUCCAGACGAGGCCUUGCGUGUGGUCAGCGACCACCUGCUGGAGAACACUGGAGACACGACCAUGGUCGCUCACAAGCUCGUGGCCUCUGCUCGCGACGCAGGCUCCAGCGAUAACAUCACAGUCGUGGUCGUCUUCUUGCGGGACCCGCGCUCCCCGCCGCCCACCAGCACCGAGGACGAGGAGGAGGGCGCUGCCGAGGAAGAGGUGGAGGAAGAGGACAUGGCCGAGGUGGAGGAGGAGGAACAGGAAGAGGAGGAGGAGGAAGAAGAGGGAGUCAGGGUGGAGCGAGAAGGAGGCCAAGGAGGCACUGCAGACUUCGGGGGAAAGGGUCGCGGAGGUUGGCCCCUGCAGCAGUGCUCAGCGCCCGCCGACCUCGGCUAUGAAGACCGGACAGACUCCUUCACGGACAGAACCAGCCUCAGUCUGCUGGGGCCGUCACUUGAGGGCCGCAUCUCCUUGACGUCGGGCUCACGGCCGCCACGCUUCAACUUUAGACCCCAACUCCUCACGGCCUCCCACAUCCACGGAGACGCACGCCCGGCGAGGCGCGCUCCCCAUGUUCUGUUUCAGGAGCCUAGCAUCGCGGGCUUAACGGACCCACUCUGGUCCCAGACAGCUCUGCUGCUGGGCCAAGCAGUGAGGCGGAGCUGCAGGCUAGACCACGACAGACGCCACUGGGGCCAGAGGCGGCCACGCAGAUCCAGGGAGAUGUUAGGCCUCUUACCGUCCGGUUACUCGCAGACCAUCGUGCAGAGCCACUCUGACAACGACAGGCCUGGAGUGUCCGUGCCUCAUCUGCUCCAUGACGCCAUCUGAAGAGGAGACCCAAACCAAACCAGAUCCUUCAUUCAUUCAGUCCUGUCCCCUCCCCCUCAGCCCCGCCCCCCCCCCCCACGUCUGCCUUUAACAACACGUCUUUCUUUGACAGUAGUUGUUUGUGGCUCCUGCAGUUGUCAUGUGGUUAUCGAGUGGUGCUCUCUCUCUGUCCUCAGCCAACACGUCUCCAAAGGUCUGUCAGUCCUGCUGGAGGUGAAACUGUGACACUGAUCAGUCCAAACUAGAAUAUGUGACAGGAACACAAGAGGAAAAAUGUCACUACACGAGCUGCCAGAAACCUCAGGAGUGCAUGAAACCGUUCUCUCGAAUUCAUGUUAAAGUUUCAUGUCGUGACUUUUGACAGAGGGAAAUCCCCACCACUGAUUGGAUAAUAUACACUAUAGAUAUAUAUAUAUAUAUAUAUAUAUAUAUAUAUAUAUAUAUAUAUAUAUAUAUAUAUAUAUAUAUAUAUAUAGAUAUACAUCACUGCCCUGAUGUGUUUGCCAAAUGACCCAGAAAUAUUGGCGGGGCCGGUGAAUCCAUGGCCGUGCUCGACUUUAGCUGUCGUCACAACGUUAAACAACACUCGUGCACGGACACUGAGGAGCACCAGCUUAAAAACACAAAUAAGAUGAAAGCAAAAUGAAUCAUGAAAAAAACAGUAACUGCGUUAUAAAAUUCAAGCUUAAAUAAAUAAAUAAAUAAAUGACACGAGCACAAAACUCUGUAAAAACACUGCAGUGAAGCAAACCCUUAAAAAAACACAUUCAAUCCAAAAAAAAGAACUUUUUGUGCAUCGUCACUUAAAUAACAACAACAACAAUAAUAAUAAUAAUAAUGAUGAUAAUAAUAAUCCACCUUUACACAUUGUUGCAUUUAUCCUAAAGGCUUUCAGCCGCAGUAAAGGCGCCUGCACACUCACUCAGAUCCGUGUCUCACAUAUAAAUGCAGGACGAUGUGACAGGUGAGAUAGUUUCACCUGUCGUCCUGAGGCAAAAACAGCUGAUGAGCGUCACAGACAGUAAAUUGCUCUGUAAUUGCUCGUCUUGUCUCUUUGUCCUCGGCGACUCUUUUGUCAGCAGAGAAAUCAAAGUUCAGGAAAGAGGCCGGAGCAGAACACGCUGUUCUGUCAUUAAAGCAGCCACAGAUUAAAACAACAAAAGAUUAGUAAUCACUUUAUCUGAAUAAAUGCUCGGUGGAGUCCUGUAUUCCAGACGGGUAAAUAAACCUGGGAUAAUGGGCUUUUAUGUCUG